AUGGAGAUUUCUUACACACUCUCAACUUGUACAUGUACAAUGAGAGACUUAAUUGGUUCUAAAAUUAAAUGUAUCUGCCAUGAAAGUUCUGUAAUAGAAAUAACCACAGGACCAUGUGGAGGGAAGACAACUGGCCAGGCAAGAUUAAGUUCAUUUUUUGAAAACUUAGGAUGGAAGGUUUUCCGCUCCCCAGAGGCAGCCAUGAUAUAUCUAAGCGGUGGUGUAAAAUUCUCUGAUUUAGAUAAGGAGCAAAUAUACAAACUGCAAGAGAAUAUUAUAAAGACAAUGCUAGGAAUAGAGAAUACAUAUCAUGAUAUGGCUAAAACACUGAACAGAAAUAUAUUGUUAAUAUGUGAUAGAGGUGUUAUGGAUGGCGUAGCUUAUAUUGAAAGAGAAGAUUGGGAUAGAAUGAAAGCGGAAAAUAAAUGGAAUGAUAUUGAAAUGCGAGAUAAUAGAUAUAAUCAAAUUAUUCAUAUGGUGUCAGCAUCUAAAGGUGCUGAGGCUUUUUAUACAAUAACAGGACAUAAAACACGAGGUGAAGAUAUGGAAAUGGCUAGAGAACUUGAUACUAAAACUGCUAAUUCUUGGGUUGGUCAUCCAUAUUUCGAUGUGAUUGAUAAUUCUACAGGGUUCGAAACAAAACUAACCAGAAUGAUAGCAGCAGUAUGUGAUAGACUUGGUGUUGAUGCCGGUGACAGAUUACAAGCCAACAGCAAAAAACGAAAAUUCCUCGUUUCUCAAAUAUUAAAUGGAGUUAGAUUUCCAUUUUUACAAGAAUUUCAAGUUGUGCAUGAUUAUUUAGUUACACCAAGUCGUAAAAUGCAAGCUAGGCUUCGACGUCGGGGACAAAAUGAUCACUGGACAUACACUCAUACCAUUCGGCGACCAGAAAUUAAUAAACAAAGUGUUGAAUUACGUCAACCUAUUUCAUCUAAAGAAUAUGAGAUUUUACAAGCUCAGAGAGAUGGCCGACAUGACACUAUAUAUAAAACAAGACAGUGUUUCUUAUGGCAGAAUCAGUAUUUUCAAAUGGAUAUUUAUCGAGAUCCAUGCCCUUCAAGAUGUAAAGGGUUGAUAUUAUUAGAAACAUAUACUGCUAAAGAUAAGGAAAUUUCUCUACCCGACUUCCUGAAAAUAGAAAGGGAGGUAACCGAUGAAAACUUUUACUCCAUGUUCAGUCUGUCAUUGAAAGAUGAAUGGAGAAUAUCUCGUAAUCAUCUAAAUUCUGUCACCUCGUUACCAUCUGAUGAAGAUUAACACAAUCUCUCAUUUAGUAUAAAUAUACCGGUAAUAACAAUUGAUCUUAUACUAUGUAACAAGAUCUGUUGAAUGGAGUUGUAACUAAACAGAAUUGAAAGAUGUAAUAAUCUGUAAUAAAUAAUGACCAGAAUAUUAUCUUUCAAAAAAAUAAUCAUAAUAAUAAUAAUACUAUCGUCAUUUAUAAAGGGUGUUAAUACUGAAGAACAGUUUCUAAGGCACUGUAGGUUGUUAUAUUCGCUGAUUAUUUACAGAUCAGGGUUUAGGAACAGGAAUAUUUUAAGUUGAGAUUUAAAAUGGCCAACAAAACAGUCAGAGAAAUCGUCAGAUAUUUAAAUUAGCUUAUGUAGCUUUUAACCAGUGUUGGGAUUUCAAAAAAUUUCUUGUCAAACAUUUUUACUGAAAAUAAAGGGGCAUAACUCUUAUUUAGGCAGGCAGUUCAACAAAAUAUUCAGUGACAUCAUCUGUUAAAUAAUUGCAAUCGACUGUAGCAUGCACUGUCGUCUAAAACAAUUAACUACUUACACGAUUCCAAUCGAAAUAUUCGUCAACAUUUCUUAGCAUGUUUAUUUAUUUAAAAACAUAAAGCUCAUUCAAAGUAUGAUCAUAAAUUCUAGAAUGUGCCAUCCAUGUAGAAUCUUUUCUCCGACAUUAGACGUGUUGAAUUUUUCACCUUUCCAUUUCAUAAUUUCACGCAUCUCGCGAGAUUUCUACUUUCGUUUCAGUUAUUGUACUAAAAUCUCAUGCUAUCAGAAAUGGAGCUUGCGCUGUCUAGUAUUUUUCGGAUUUUUGUGAGAGUGAAAUAGCUUUAUUUAAUGCCAGCUUCCACUGAUGUGAUAUUGCAGACAAGUUAUCAGAAUGUAUAUUGAUUUGGGGUGUCAUAUACUAUUGGGAUAUGUGACAUAAAUGGCUAAUUCUACAAACGUUUGACAAUGGAGAAAUCACGUGGAUUAAGUUUAUAAUCACAUUUAUUGGAUUGAUUUAGAAUCUGACAGAGAAGCAAUGACUUCUGUUUAAGAUCAAAUUGAUGAAUUGUCCGACAAAGGAUUAAGUCAGUCAAUCAAGGCAGAUUAAGUAGUUAAGUAGAAGAGUGGUAGUUAUACACUCAGUACACUAUAUUAAUUUUGGAAUUUUGAAUAUUAUUCACCAUGUCUUGAUGUCUGAUUGGGCAUAUUCCUGGUCGGACAAUUUAGGAAGUUUGGAAAAUAGCGUCGGACAUGUCCGGAAUAUACAGGCGAAAUCCCAUCACUUCUUAUAACUCAUAAGACAAUUCUGAUCAUAAAACGAAAAAUGAUUUUCUUGUGUUAUUUAGACAUGACGUUAUUUAGGGAUGUGACUUGUCCAAAAAACGAAAAAAUUAUUUUUGCAUGUUAUUUUGAAUUUAGACUUACAUUAUGUGAUUUUAAUCUUAUAUAUAUAUAUAUAUAUAUAUAUCAAAUAAAUAUGCUUUGUAUUAUUGUAUAUAUAAAAAGUAUUAUAUACGGCAAUACUUGGUCGAUAACAAGAAAUAUUUUAUAUUUGAUAUAUUCAUUUAAUUAACUUUCAAGUUGCAAGUAGUCAAAUCGGAAAGGUAGUGUUGAAAUAUCUAAAUUUCUAAAUUUAACAUAUUUUGAUGAAAGCCAGAAAAAUAUAUUAUUGAUAAAAAUGAAUAAUAUAUCAUAUAGAUGUAUUAUUAUUUUCAUAUGGGAUUGAUAUAAACAGUAUUUUAUUCAAUAAUAUUACGAUAAUUGGAUACAAUAACAAGCUUUAUCAGCUUAUAUAAAACUACCUGACUUGUAUUAAUAUUACCUGUUUAUACCAGCACUUGAUACAGCCCCAUCUGCUAUACAUAUUAAUACUUCACUAAUAUGCUGUUCCAAUAUCUAUAUAUUAAGCUAGUUUAAUAAAUAAAUACUUUAUCAGGUAAAGCGUACAACUGUCGUUGAUUUGAAUCUUAAUUAAAAAAUUGUCUGGCGGGAUCUUUUUGAUUCGUAUUUAAUACAAAAGGUUAAGUAAACAUGUCGUACUUGCCAGUGUACAAUAUGUCGUGCACAUUAAAGAUCCAUUUAUACAUUAAAUGUUUUAAUUAUGAAUUGAAUGAUUUAUACAUGUAUUGUGAUUACAGGGUAUAGUUUUAUAUUGUUGAAAAUAUGAUCAGAUUAUAAACUAGUCCUAUUCUUCAAUUAUUGUAAUGAUACCAGCACUUAGAAAUAUCACGGGGAAAAAUUUUAAUAUAAUCAUUAAUCUUUGUGUUCAAAGCAACUUUACUUUCAAGUAAGAUUUGGAAUAAUCUUUUUUUGUGUAAUAUGAGUUGCUGUUUAAUCGUAUAGGGCUGAUCAUAUGUUGUAUGUUAUUUCUUUUUUUUUUUUUUUUUUUUUUUUUUUUAUUUGUUGUGAUUUUAUUUUAAUGUGUUAUUACCUUUAAUCCAUGACUACUUUGGUUUAUAGUUUGAAAAGCAGAAAUAAAUGCAUCAAAUAUAUCAUCAUCAUUAUUGAAACUGUUUCAUGCUUUUUCUUAAGACACCACACACCCUUGAUACAGGUUGAGUUUGUAAAACAAAUAAGUUCUUUUUGUCCAUUAUAUUGUAAAUACUGAUACACUGAUGUAGCAUAUUCAUUUGGCAGCAACAUUUUAUUGACAUUUUUUUGUGUGUGAUUUUUUUUUGUGUAAUGUAUAUUGAUUUUUUUGUUGCUGUGAAAAUAGGUGAAAUCCAUCCUGGAGAAACAGAAUGCUAACUAUUUACAUGUAAUUUCACAUCUACAAUUUUAACAAUUAUUUUAAAAAUCCAAUAAUGUUUAAUAUGUAUUCUGGGUAGUAUGUUGCAGUUAUAAUGCUGUCCAGCUAUUCGCUUCAAAAUAUUCAAUAUAAUAAAGAUGCAUUUAUAUGUAAGCUUUAUGUACAGAGUGGGCCAUUAUUGCUAUAAUAGUCAAUUAAUAAAAAAUGAAUAUUAUUGAAAAUUUCAAGCAGCAUUUAAUCUUUUAUUUUGACAUUUUCCAUUAUUAUGUAUUGUUAUCGUGUGGACUCAUUUAUUAUAUCAUUCUACUAUUUGAUAUUCAAAUACUGAAUGUUCGUCUACGAUGUGCAUGCAUCCUAGACAUUGUAGAUUUGAAGUUUAAAGAGGCAUUUUAUUUGUUUUCAUGACCGAAAGGUUAUUGAAAUGCUUACUAAAUAUAAUUUGUACCGCAAAUUAUUAUUACAGUUGUAUUUGAAACUGGACCGUAUUUAUGAUUGAAAUUAAAGCAUUUAUAUUUGCAUAGUA